AUGAGUGCAGAGAUGGCCGCCUCUGGGUGGGUGAGGUCGCCCCAACCUAAGCCGAUUUCCUCCUUGUUUUCCAAGUUGCACGGCGCUUUCUCUGAAGCCAUCGCUCCGCCGAAGCUUGUGAUCGAUAAGAGGUGCAUUGAGAAGUCAUGGAAACUCAUGGACAAAGUAGUGAAAUUGUGCCAACAUCCGAAGAUGAACUUGAAAAAUUCUCCCCCCUUUAUCCUGGAUAUCCUCCCGGACACAUAUCAACACUUGAAAUUAAUCUAUGGGAAGCACGAGGAGAGGAUGUAUGUUCUCAACGAGAACGAAUAUUUCAAGGUGUACAUUGAGAACCUCAUCCGAAAGUGCAAACAAGCCAUCAAGCUCUUCAAAGAGGGCAAAGAUAGAAUGUUCGAUGAAAACUCACAUUAUAGGCGCAACCUCACGAAGUUGAGUUUGGUGUUCAGCCACAUGCUCAGUGAAUUAAAAGCUAUCUUCCCAAAUGGUUCCUUUGCUGGUGACCAAUUCCGGAUUACCAAGAGUGAUGCCGCUGAGUUCUGGAGAAAUGCCUUCCAUGACAGAACCAUUGUGCCCUGGAAAGUGUUCAGGCAGACAUUGAGUGAAGUACAUCCCAUCAGUUCAGGCCUAGAAGCCAUGGCUCUCAAGUCAACAAUUGACCUUACCUGCAAUGACUACAUAUCAAAUUUUGAGUUUGAUGUAUUCACAAGGUUGUUCCAACCAUGGACAACACUGCUGAGAAACUGGAAGAUCUUGGCUGUUACACAUCCUGGCUAUGUUGCUUUCCUCACUUAUGAUGAAGUGAAAGCAAGAUUGCAGAAAUACAUCACCAAACCUGGAAGCUAUCUGUAUCCUGAUGGGCGAAACAUGAACCCAGAUUUGUCAUCUGCAGUAGAAAACACUCCAGAGGAUCAUAUUCGUGUGACACAGGAACAGUAUGAGCUUUAUUGUGAGAUGGGCUCCACAUUCCAGUUGUGCAAAAUCUGUGCUGAGAAUGACAAAGAUAUUCGAAUUGAACCUUGUGGCCACCUCCUCUGCACGCCUUGUCUUACAUCAUGGCAGGAAUCGGAAGGUCAGGGAUGCCCAUUUUGUCGGGCUGAGAUAAAAGGAACUGAAGGCAUUAUUGUUGACCCUUUUGACCCACAUCGGCAGCACAAACGAAAUCCAAAUGGACCUAUUCAAGUUGCACAUCUGGUUGACCUCGAGGAUGACGAUGAGGACUUUGCACCAUGGCCUUCAAAGAACUUGCAGGCCCUGGCGCUUACACCCCGCCCUCAGUUGCAUAUGGAGCUUAGUCCUAGGGGAUCCCCAAGACAUUCUCCUUGUGUAGAGAGGAAGGCUCCCCAACUGGAUGAGCCACCACCCAUCCCUCCCAAGCGACUGACUUCUCACCAGGAUGGUCCUGUCUUAGUAACUAGUUCUAGAAUUGCUGGUGGCAAUGAAGGGUAUUAUUUCUACUUGGAUACUGCCAGUACUACCAUCACCACCACUCCUGGUGAGCUAUCCCAAACCAGUGGAGCCAGGAGGAAAGAGCAUAUAGAACGGCAAAGAAGGAAUCCUCCAAAGCCAUCACCUCUCCCACUUGUGCCUUUUUCUUCCUCCUCUGCAUCUUCUUGCCCAUUAUCCACAUCCCCAUCUUUACCCCCUCUUCUACAUCCAAGAGGAUCAAGUCCUCACCCUGUGCCACCUCUCCCCAGAACUGCUUCUCCUAUACAAGAAUCAAGAAGAAGGGAUCAGGUACCUGUGAUUCGGUCAGAGAACCUGCACUAUGCUGAACUCCGGCCACCUGAUGAUGAUGAUGAACAAAAUGAGCGUGCAACAGAGCAAUCAACUAGUCAGAAUGGGGUUGUGGGUGCUGUGGAGCAAUGA